UGAGGAAAUGAAGUGGCAAAAGAAAGCGUGUGAAAAGAGAGGGGGGAGGGAGAGAGUUCCAUCAAUUUCCCCCUUUUCUAAACUCGAUAUCUUAGCAAUGAAGCAACAGUAAAAGAAUCGAAUCGAUAGAGCGGAAUCAGAGCCGAGAUCGAGAAUCAGAGACGAAGGAGGAGGAGAGGGAGAAGGUUUCAAGAUCGUCUCGCCGUCGACUGAAAUCUGGAAAUCUGGCGGGAAAAAUCAUAGGGGGAUCUGGAAAUCUGAGGGCUCGGAAGCAAGGAGGGAUCUUGAACGAGGAGGGAGAGGAUUCAGAGGAGUGCCGACCUUGGCGCCGGAGGCUGCUGUCAUCAAUGGCCGUCUCCUGGGCUUCCCUCUUCAGGAUCUCCCUCUUCUUGCUCCUCAUCGCCGCCAUCGUCACCGCUCUCUACACUCUCCCCGUUGAAAAGAUAUUGAAGGAUUUUCUGGAAUGGAUCAAACUGAAUCUUGGACCAUGGGGUCCUCUUGUACUGGCACUCUCAUACAUUCCUUUGACUGUACUGGCAGUUCCAGCUUCAAUACUUACACUUGGAGGUGGAUAUCUCUUUGGGUUGCCUUUGGGUUUUAUUGCGGACUCCAUUGGAGCUACAAUUGGCGCAACAGCUGCUUUCCUGCUUGGCAGAACGAUUGGAAGGCCAUAUGUUAUUUCUAAGCUGAAGGAUUAUCCAAAAUUCCAAGCUGUUGCUAUUGCAAUACAGAGAUCUGGCUUCAAGAUUGUGUUGCUUCUCAGGCUUGUACCACUACUUCCUUUUAACAUGCUAAAUUACCUUCUGUCAGUUACUCCUGUUGGCAUUGGUGAAUACAUGCUCGCAUCUUGGCUGGGAAUGAUGCCAAUUACUCUUGCACUAGUAUAUGUUGGAACAACUCUUAAGGAUCUUUCUGAUGUGACCCAUGGUUGGAGUGAGGUCUCGACUUCUCGUUGGGUAUUUAUUAUAUCGGGAUUUGUUGUAUCUGCAAUUCUUAUGGUGUGUAUUACAAAAGUAGCCAAGUCAUCACUAGAGAAGGCAUUGGCUGAGAACCCAGAGGGGAUGGAGAGCAUACUAGUUGAACCUCAAUUACCUAUCGUCUCUAGUCCUCGCUCAGACCUACGCCAGCCUCUUGUUAUCAAGAUCGAUCCUCCAAGCGAUGACCAUGAAAAGUGAUGAAAAUCUUUUUUUUUUAAUGUAAAUUCUUCUCCAAAUCUCGUUCUUUUUACAUAUAAGUGCUAAUGCACAUCCAUUAGUUAGAGCUUCUCUUUGAGGCAGCAUAUAUGCGUGCUGGCUGGCCUCAUGCCCGGAGAAGAUAGGCUUUCUGUUUUAUUUUUCCCUAUUUGUUUCUGUAAACAGGGUAUCAGAUACAUGCACUAGCAAUUGUUUAGAUGGAGGUAAUGAUGUUUGGUUCUGAAAUGUACUUUGUAUUCUUGAUCAUACUCGGGUUUGCAUCCAAAUCCUACACUUCUAAUUGAUCUUGAUGUUUGUAUGGGGAUCUUGCUCAA